CCAGCGGCCAUUCCGCUGACGCGGCUGAUGGGUUGCGUGUUUGCAAACAAGGAAAGGUGUAUCGCCAGUGCCAUCAGGGCAUGGCCGCUUCUACGCUGGUCUGUUUCCCGCGUUCUAAUGUUUUUCGCGCGCGCUACGUUUGCUGAACUUCACUAAAGACCCAGCACUGAGGUGGGAGUCACCAUGGUCCGCAGCCGCAAGUCCACCAAGCAGGUCAACAUAGGGCCGCUCCUCGUGCGAACGGCCAACGAGUCACCUGACCCGCUGCAAGCAGCAAUUGCCGAGCCAGCCGUGUACACCAGGGAUGACCUCAGGGUACGAGUGAGCUGCGUCCGUGCCACAGCAGCCCCCAAUGACCUUCGUGAGUGGGCCUUUGACCUGGUGUCGCGCAACAUGCGUGAGCUCUACGAGGCCAGCCAGUGGGGCUGGAGCGAGAACGCCAAGCGCAAGGAGCUGGGCCACCGAGACGCCUGGUACCUGGUGGCACGCCUAGAGGAGGACGACUCGCCGGUCGGGUUCAUCCACUUCCGUUUUGACAUGGAUGGCGGCAUGUCGGUGCUCUACUGCUACGAGCUGCAACUGGAGUCGCAGGUGCAGCGGCGGGGCCUGGGCUCGCACCUGAUGCGCCAGCUGGACCAUCUGGCGGCCCACUUCCGCAUGUGCAAGACCGUGCUCACCGUCUUCAAGAACAACACGGGGGCGCUGGCCUUCUACCAGAAAGCCCUCGGCUAUCGCACCGACGAGACCAAUCCGUCGGGGGACGCAGCCGACUACGUCAUCCUCAGUCGCCGCACUGGGGUUCCCGCCAAGCGCUGACGGAUGUCGCACAUCCAUCACGAUCAUCCUUGUGCGCCUAUCGGUUUUUACGGUGCAGGCUUCGACUGGAGAGCGCUUGGUUAAGACUGCUAGCCCUCUGCUAGAAAAUGCUCGGUUGUUAUGCUGACAAGAUCCUGCCUGUUGGACAGCCCGGUCACCUGUCGCCCUAAAUCAUCGCAACAUUCCUGCCAUUGUUCAAUGCAAUUACAUGACACCUUCAUCAUCUCGCACCUUUUACACGGAGCUCAAGCACGGAAAAAGUGGCGGAGUGACCGUCUGGCUCAUGGAGACUCUCGUCAUUCGUUGUGUUUCCCAGUGAUUGUGCAUAAGUGCAACAAGUCGUGUCUUUACUGGCUGUACCAGUGCUCUGAAAGACACAGCUUCCAGUUAUGGAUUUCAAGCAGGCUGUGACCCAAGCUGUCUUGUGUACGACUCCAAUGCUCAUUGAGCUCACUGUAACUUCUCACUUCUGCAUAUGCACAUCACCGUUCAAAGAAAAGUGUGACAUUAUGCAUGUUUCGCGAGGAAGCACUUGGCUACAGCUGCAGUGGGCGUGGCCUGCUGGCUAAUGGAUGUUACUGUGUCAUUAGUCAAAACUUCUCACUUUCACCGUUCAUUACAGCCAGCUUUCUUUGCCUGUG